AUGUGGCCCUAUCACCACGAUCUCUGGGAGGCAGGUCUGUCGAGCACAGUAAUAAGUGUAUAUGUUGAACAGGUAAAGAGAAGAUCUACUGACGAAACCGUAACUGACAGCUCACCUCUGCUGCUAGUCACCUCGAGUGAACCAGAAAGCAUUCAAGUCACAUGUCCUGCUCAAGGAGAAAUGCCUCAUAAACAGGAGGAGGAGGGUCUUGAAAAAGUCCACUGCAUUCCCGGACGAGGGGGGAAUUCAGGUCAGGCAUCUGGAAAGGGACACGCCCAGCCCCGCCGCCGGUGGCCUGCGGGCGCCAGGACGCACAGAGAGCCGCUGGCAGGGCGCGCGGGCUCGGGACUCCACGUGCUCCGUGCGGGGGUUUCCGCGUCCUCCGGGCGUGGCCGGAAAAGGAAGUCGGUGCUGCAGUGGCCGCCCCUGCAACAGCGGCGGCACCGGCCAAGCCCCGCCACCCACCGCUGUCCGGCUCGGCCACCGAGGCAGCGCCGCGGCGGGACCCCGAGCCUGCCGCCGCCGAGCAGCGGCCCACCGCGCCGCCGGGCGUCCAGCAGCCCGAUGGGGCCGCCGCCCUCCGCCGCCGCCGCCGCCGCCGCCGCCGCCGCCGCCCUGCUCUGGGGCUUCCUGCUCCCGCUGACAGCCGCUCAGGAAGCAAUCCUGCAUGCGUCUGGAGACGGCACACCUUCCCCGUCUAAGGACUACUGCAUGCUCUACAACCCUCACUGGACAGCUCUUCCGCACACCCUAGAAAAUGCAACUUCCAUUAGUUUGAAGAAUCUAACUUCCACACCACUGUGCAACAUUUCUGAUAUUCCUCCUGAGGGAAUAAAGAACAAAGCCGUUGUGGUACAAUGGGGAACCUGCCAUUUUCUUGAAAAAGCCAGAAUUGCACAAACAGGAGGUGCUGAAGCAUUGCUGGUUGCCAAUAACAGUGUCCUAUUUCCUCCAUCAGGGAAUAAAUCUGAAUUUCAUGAUGUGAAAAUACUGAUUGCAUUUAUAAACCACAAAGAUUUUAAAGAUAUGAAGCAGACUCUUGGAGAUGACAUUACUGUGAAAAUGUAUUCUCCAUCAUGGCCUAACUUUGACUAUACAAUGGUAGUUAUUUUUGCAAUUUCUGUGUUCACUGUGGCAUUAGGAGGAUACUGGAGUGGACUAAUUGAAUUGGAAAACAUGAAGGCAAUGACAAACACCGAAGACAGAGAAAUGAGGAGAAAGAAGGAAGAAUAUUUAACUUUUAGUCCCCUAACAGUUGUAAUAUUUGUGGUUGUCUGCUGUGUUAUGAUGGUCUUACUUUAUUUCUUCUACAAAUGGCUGGUUUAUGUUAUGAUAGCAAUUUUCUGCAUAGCAUCAGCAAUGAGUCUGUACAACUGUCUUGCUGCACUAAUUCAUAAGAUACCAUAUGGACAAUGCACGAUUGUGUGUCGUGGCAAAAGCAUUGAAGUGAGACUUAUUUUUCUUGCUGGACUGUGCAUGGCAGUAGCUGCUGUUUGGGCCGUGUUUAGAAAUGAAGAUAGGUGGGCUUGGAUUUUACAGGAUGUCUUGGGGAUUGCUUUCUGUCUGAAUUUAAUUAAAACACUGAAGUUACCCAACUUCAAGUCAUGUGUGAUACUUCUAGGCCUUCUCCUCCUCUAUGAUGUGUUUUUUGUUUUCAUAACACCAUUCAUCACAAAGAACGGCGAGAGUAUCAUGGUUGAACUUGCAGCUGGACCUUUUGGAAAUAAUGAAAAGAAUGAUGGAAACUUGGUGGAAGCCACUGCUCAGCCCUCAGCUCCCCAUGAGAAAUUACCAGUAGUCAUCAAAGUACCAAAGUUGGCCUAUUUCUCAGUAAUGAGUGUAUGCCUCAUGCCAGUUUCCAUAUUGGGUUUUGGAGACAUUAUUGUACCAGGCCUGUUGAUUGCGUACUGUAGAAGAUUUGAUGAGCAGACUGGUUCUUCUUCUUCUAUAUACUAUGUCUCCUCCACAAUUGCCUACGCUGUUGGCAUGAUACUUACAUUUGUUGUUCUGGUGCUGAUGAAAAAGGGGCAACCUGCUCUUCUCUAUUUAGUACCUUGCACACUUAUUACUGCCUCAGUUGUUGCUUGGAGACGUAAAGAAAUGAAAAAGUUCUGGAAAGGUAACAGCUAUCAGAUGAUGGACCAGCCAGACUAUGCAACAAAUGAAGAAAACCCUGUGAUUGCUGGUGAACAGAUUGUCCAACAGUAAUAUUAUGUGAACCUGCCAUAAUAUGUCAAUUGAUUUUCUGCAAAUAGAGUUUGACUUUUUAACUUGACUUUUGAAUUGACAAUCUGAAAGAAUCUUCAAUGAUACGCUUGCAAGUAUACAUUUUUAAGAUCUGGUACUGACAAUUACAUCAUAAGUAAUUAAAGACAUUUGCAUUUAA